AUGGGGGGUCCCAAACCCCGCCUGGUCUACUUGCUCAACGAGGAGCUCAACGUCCCUCGCCCCACCACCAUCACCAUCGAAGACCCGUCCGGCAAAAUACAAGAAGCGGCCACCUCUUUUACCAAACGAAUUGACAAACACCUGGUUCAAGAUUUUGCUGCUCAGGAAACGACUACCGCUGUCGCCGAGGGAGGAAAAACAAAGAAGGGAGUGAGUUUCUGGGACUUUGUGGAUUUGAAGCUAAAGGGCGUAUAUUAA